UCUUAUCAAACACAGCAGCUGAAUGAGGAGAAAGAGUUGCAGGAAACUUCGCGUCUUGUUUUCAAACGUCAGAUUGUUCAUCUGACGUUUGAAAACACUCGACAAACUUUCAGAUCAAACCUCUGCGCAGCAAACUUGCUUCGCUCGGGAACUUAGUUGCUGAAGUGUGCAGGAGGUCUGUGCUCGUUAGGAAAUUCUUCUGGGGAUUGUUGAAGGGGCUUUUACCGAGAUUAGCGUCUUUGUGUUGUUUCACGUGAAAGAGCCUUUAUAAAGGCGACGCUCUGCUGGAGACGCGUCUGCGCCAAAAACUUCAAGGACUUUUGUGCAAAGUUUGGAUGAACUUGUGCGUCUCGUCAUGGCUGCGUUUACGUUACCGGAGGGUUUCACGGAGUUUGACAUGUUUACAUUCGGCUCAGCGCUUCUGGUCGGAGGGAUGCUCGGCUUCUUCCUGAACGCCAUCAGCAUCGUGUCUUUCCUCACUGUGAAGGAGAUGAGGAAUCCCAGUAACUUCUUUGUCUUUAAUCUUGCCGUGGCCGACCUGUGUCUGAAUAUCAACGGACUCACGGCUGCGUACUCCAGCUACCUCAGAUACUGGCCAUUUGGUCAAGAUGGAUGUGGCUAUCACGGUUUCCAGGGGAUGAUAUCGGUCCUGGCCUCCAUCAGUUUCAUGGCUGCCAUCGCUUGGGACAGAUAUCACCAGUACUGCACCAGACAGAAGCUGUUCUGGAGCACGACUCUGACCAUGAGUGGAAUUAUCUGGAUUCUCUCCAUCUUCUGGGCCGCUGUCCCUCUGAUGGGAUGGGGGGUCUAUGACUUUGAGCCAAUGAGAACUUGCUGCACGUUGGACUACACCAGAGGAGACAGAGACUAUGUGACCUACAUGUUAACCCUGGUGCUGCUCUACCUGAUGUUCCCAGCUUUCACCAUGUGGUCAUGUUACGAUGCCACCCACAAACACUUCAAGAAGAUCCAUCACCACAGGUUCAACACCAGUUUGCCAUUGAGGGUCAUGCUGAUGUGCUGGGGCCCCUACGUCCUCAUGUGUAUCUACGCCUGCUUCGAGAACGUGAAGGUCGUGUCUCCGAAGCUGCGAAUGAUUCUUCCAGUUGUUGCGAAGACAAAUCCAAUCUUCAACGCUCUCCUCUACUCGUUUGGAAACGAGUUCUACCGAGGCGGCGUGUGGAACUUCCUCACCGGACAGAAGAUCGUUGAUCCAGUUAUUAAGAAGUCAAAAUAAAAAGGAAACUUCUGGCAGAAAGUCGAGACCAAAUUGUUGUUUGCUCCUAUGCUCAGUUCCUCAUACUGUUUAGUUGGGUAAGGUAAAUGUCACUGUUGCCUGUACAGUUGUAAUAUUUUCACAUGUGGGCCGUAGAUGAAACUCUGGACGAUCCUCCAGGAAAUGUACCAAUUUUCCAACUGUUGCAUUCUCGCUGCACUGCUCCUCCGUCCAUAAUAAAUCCACUGUGUUGCUGCUCUUCUA